AUGGAAGGACAGCAUAAAGAAAAAAAUACAAAAAUAAAAAAAAGUAAAAAACCUUUAGUUGUUAGUAAUCGAAAACCAUUCAACGUUUAUGAAAAAAAAAAAAAUUCAAAACCUCUCGUAAGAGAUCCUCGUUUUUCUGAUUUUUCAGGAACGUUCAAUGCAAACUUUUUUAGAAAUGCCUACAAGUUUUUAUACGACUCAAGGGAAGAAGAAAAGAAGAUUAUAGAAAAAAAAUUAAAAAACAAAAAUAUAACACAAGAAGAAAAGGAAGAAUUAAAAAAAAAAUACAAUGAUUUUAAAAGCACGGAUAUAUUAUUAAAAAAAAAAGAAGAAGAAAGGAAAUUAAAAGCAGAAUUAGUAAAACAGGAAAAACAAAAUAUACUAACCAAAAAUAAAAAACCUUAUUAUUACAGUGAUAGAAAAAUUAAAAAAAUGGUUGAAGAAAAAUUGUCAAGUAAUAAAAGUUUAAAGAAAGUUAUAAAAAAGGAAAAAAAAGUAUUACAAAAAGAGAGAAAGAGAAACAUCAUACCAACAAGAAGAAAUAUGGAUUAA